UACCAACCAGUUUUACGACGCGGCUUAAAUAAGACGGACACUACGGUUUCCUAUAAGUUUUGAUGAUACAAAUUAAUUAUAAUUGCCGACGAUUUGGUGUAAUAUUAUUAUUUUUAUCGAAAUUACGCAAUUCCUACCAUUUUUACGUCGCAGUGAAUUUUGCACUCUGUUUUAUAAAAUAUUAUUAUUAUUACAUUAUAAUAAACUUUGGAAUAUCAUCUGGGUACGCGUGUGAUUCGUCAAAAAUGGACGACACCGCUGCCACUACCGUCACAAACGAACCGGAACCUGUAUCACUGCUAAUCACAUCUAGCUGUACGAAUGAUCGACAUAAGUAUAAACGAAUAUUAUCACAGGUAUGUGCGAUGGUCGCUCAAAGUUUGUUGAUGUUGAAUUUGGGAAUGAUUAUAUCUGUUCCUACAAUUGUCAUCGGCGCACUCCAUAACACAAAAGAGGACCUUACGCUGGACGAUGAACAAUCUUCGUGGAUUGGUAGCAUAAUGUUUUUGUGCCAACCCCUGGGAUGCAUACUGUCGGGCUGCUUGCAAGGCGUGCUCGGCCGGAAGCGAAGUAUGCUACUGGUCAACCUGCCCCACCUGGCCGGCUGGUACUUACUAUACUCAGCAGGAUCUCCGUUGAUGCUGACGAUAGCCUCGGCUCUUAUGGGCAUAGGAGUCGGGUUCCUGGAGGCUCCCACAAUGGCGUAUAUCGGCGAGAUCGGCGAACCGAACAUCAGGGGAAUUUUGUCUACGUUCGCCACCUCCGUCAUUGUCCUAGGACACCUGCUAGAGCUUUUCCUCGGCUAUAUGUUCUCGUGGAGAAUGACAAUGCUUGUUAGCGGCCUGGUACCUAUGGCCGCUAUCGUCGCUAUAUCGCUGAUUCCAGAAUCACCUAUCUGGUUAAUGACGAAGGGAAGAAGAGACGAGGCAUUAUCGUCGUUGAGAUGGCUCCGGGGGUGGGUUUCUGCCGAAGAGGUGAGUGAAGAAUUUCACGCACUUGAAGUGUACUGUCAGGAGUCUAAAAAUGAGUUCAAAAGUUUUUUGGAAGCCAAGAUCAGAAAAUCGGCUGUAUACAACAGAGUACCAGAUAGUGAAUUUGGCACACAAAUAAAACCCAGCAUUGUUAACGUCAUUAGGGACUUUCUCCGACCUGGAAUCUUAAUACCACUACGGCUGAUCAUAAGUUACUUCUUCUUUUUCCACGCUGCAUCGCUAACAGGCAUGCGACCGUAUAUGCUUGAAGUUUUCACCCAGCUGGAAGUACCCUUGACGCCGAAAAAAUUAACCGUUAUGUCCGGAGUGUUACAGGGCACUGGUGCAAUAGCAUGCAUUUGUUUGGUGAAGCCGGUCGGAAAGCGAGCUUUGUCAUUGGUCUCAAUGUCGAGUUGCGCGAUGUGCUGUCUGUCGUUGGGCAUCUACACAUACGCCAUAACACACCAGUGGUCAUCCGCACCGAUGAUACCACUAUUGCUGUUUUGCAUUCUGUACUUUUCAAUGAAUUUGGGAAUUAGUGCCAUACCAUGGUUGUUGAUGUCCGAAUUAUUUCCAACUAGAGGACGAGGAGUGGCCAGUGGAUUGUGCGCGGCGAUUUUUUAUAUAAUCGCGUUCAUAGUAUCGAAGACCUGGUUAACUCUUCAAAGUUCACUGGGACUGCAUGGAUGCUUUUUAUUUUACGGCAUAAUAGCCGUCAUUGGAAUUGUAUACGUAUUCAUUUGUUUACCGCAAACUGAAGGUAAAACGUUAGCCGAAAUUGAAAAGGAUUUUGCGAAAAAAAACGGCAGACAAGUUAAAAUAACAAAACCAACGAUAUUGAUAAAAUAACAUAUUAUCGCACGUAGACUUUUAGUGUGUACAGUGUACACACUACAGAGAGUCGGCCACAAGUGUUCAAGGGUUCUACAAAUAUAAUUUUAACCUUAUCUACCAAUAUAAGUAAAAUACUAAAAUAGUUUGUCAUAUAUUACCACCAAUGACAAAUUUAGUUUACAAAAUGUAAUAAAAUAUUAUAACAUAACAUAUUAUUAUGUACAUAAUAUUAUUAUUAUUUAUAAGAGUUUUAUUACAGAGUUAACAAGUGGAAAUAUUUUUAUAAAAUACUUUUACGUUAUAAACUAAAAUUAAGUGUAUCAUAAAAUAAAAAUUGAAAUGUUUGUUAAA